AUGGAACCAGGCAAUCCCGAGGACAUCCCAGACGGUUCAGGAGCUGUCCUUGUGGCAAGCGUAUAUCCCGAAGUGUUUUGUCUAGAUGCCAGGGCUAUUGAAACAGUCCUUGUCACGCACAACACCUUCCGCAGAAAUUUCGCUAAUGGUGUGUACGGAACCAACGCUGCAAAUAUGAAGGAAAUGGUAUGGUCUAGAACACUACAACUGCAGGCAGAGCAGGCGUUGGAUUGUUCUCUGGCAGGUUCAUUACACACUGAUCCGUACGAUAUAUAUACGAACGUCGGUGUUAGCGAAAGGGGCUACAUCUCAAAUAUACUGGACUCGUGGAUGUCAGAAAAACAACAUUUUAUCCCUCAACUGCAAACGUGCAUUCGUCUUCAUAAGUGCAAACGGUUUCUUACGAUGAUCCAUGCUGGACACCAUGAAGUCGGUUGUGCCCAUACACGUCAAUGCCGCGUCAGGAAUGUACGUGUGAAUCUUCUUGUGUGCAAAUAUGGCAUAAGUGAGGAUCCCAUUGUUCCAGCAUUUAAGACAGGAGCACCAUGCACCAAGUGUGACGGAACUAUGUCAUUUUGUGAAAACGGACUCUGCGUGCCGUGUUUGCAGACUGACAGAAACUGCGACUGCCGAAAAACGUGUUACCGGGAAUCGAUUGGCGAUGGUUCACUGGACAAUAACACGUGUACAUGCACAUGUGCGUACGGAUUGGGACCAAACUGCGAUGAGGACUGCGUAAACCCAGAGAUGUACGUUGACUGGGAUAUAUGCUCUGAAGUUAGGGAACAAGAUUGUCAGUCGGAUAGUCUUGAGGAAAGAGAAAUUCUAAGAAAGAUGUGCCCCGCCCAAUGCGCAUGCAGGCGGCACCCAGAAGCAAGUAUGAGACACAAUGACGCUGGUUUGUCGGCUAAUCACAGAGCUUGA